UUUUGUUACGGAAAAUUUUUAAGACCACAAAAAAGUUUUUUUUUUGUAUAUUAAUUAUUCAGAAUUAAUUAAAGCAGCAGUUUUUAAUAAUAACAAUAAGAAACAUACAGAAAAACAAGUUAAUAAAUGCAUAAAUUUGUAGUUAUAACUAAAAAUGUGGACUAAAUUCAAUGACAACAUGAUGGAUGAACAAUUAAUCGAUGAAGUGGCCCACCAUGCUGUCAUCUACAAUCGUCAAAAGUAUUAUCUUAAUGGCAGCACAAAUGGCAAUGGGCCGGUGUCGGCAAAUAAAUAUGAAACAAAAGAUGAGGCUUGGACCUCCAUAGCUAUGAAACUGAGAAGCGAUGUUGAAACUUGCAAGAAGCGCUGGAAAUAUUUGCGAGAACGUUACGUGAGUCAACGUAAACAGGGUGACCCGCCGGUCUAUGAGCAUUUAUCACGGCCCUAUUUGGAAAAAAUGAAAUUUUUAGACUCACACAUACAACCCAGAAAAUCAUAUAGAAAUGUACCCAACUUUUUGACCUCACCACAUUCGGCCAACAGCUCCAACUUCAAUGACUACAAUAUGGAUUCCAAAUCGAAUAGUUCAAUGAAGAGUAUGGGACAUUUUGGUCAACAUGGUCAUCACUUUUCUGAUCAAAAGCAAGCUAUGAGUGCUUUGAGUUCAGCAGCAGCUGCCGCUUCAGCUCUGGAGGGUGAUAGCAGAGUUAAGUUGGAAGCUGAUCAAGUAUUUAGAGAUUUUGCGGCAGCAGUGGCCUCCCAGCAUCUACAGCAGAUCUCACAAACACAAAUGCAGCAUCAACAAACGGUAGCUGCAGCCAUGGCAGCCGAUUCAUCUCAAAACUAUAAUGAUCAGUUCCGUGAAACAACCGGACCAGAUUUGUCUAGCGUAGUGGGAGGAGCAGGAACAUUAAAUGGUUCUGGGGGUGGUGGUAACUUAGCUAGUGGCAUACAAUCUUCAUCGUCAUCAAUUAAGUCACCUUUAUCAUCGCCCCUAGGAACAACUAAUCAUCAUAAUGGUAACACGAGUGCUGGACACUCGAACUCAACACCGCAACAAGCCGCUGCACAUUCCUCAACCUUUAACACGCCCGGCAGUGCUCCAGCAAGUAGUGGCAACUCAAAUCAUCACUUUAAUAACCAUUCCUUUAAUGAUUCUCACAAUGAUGACAUGGACUCCUCCACCUCUAGUAAUUAUAAUACGAAAAAACCACGGGUACAACUCAGUGCCAAUGCAGCCAAUACAUCAUCAACACAACUACAUCAGAACAAUAGCAACAAUAGUCAUCACAAUUCUCUCAACAACCUCAACACUAGCGCCAACAAUACACAUUUUGUGGACGAUUCCGAUGACGAUGACACGGAUGAUAACAGCUCAUCAUUGCUACAACCUCAGGCCAUACUUAAUGAACAUCACACCGCCGAAAAUCCCUUUCAAACAAUGGCCGCAUCCACCUCAAGUGCGGCGCUACAACGUUCUCACUCUAACUCCUCUAUGAACAAUCAAAACCAUAUGGGCAACAGCAACAACAAUCACAAUAACAAUCCACAAUCCUCAUCUUCCAAUAUGUUUUCCUCAAAUGCUGAUUUUCUCUUUCAACUCUAUCAACAAUUGCCUCAACAUCAUCACUCGCAUCAGCAACAGCACAAUAGCAAUGUGAGUCCCUCACAACAGUUCAAUAAAUUCCAAGUGCCACCUACACCUCAGCCAGCUAUGCAGCGUAGUUCGGAACAUUUACUGGGCGAACUAGUGACAACGGAAUUGUUGAAAAUGUCCAAGGAACGACGUAAAAAUGUUCAGAAACGUAUUUUGGAAAUAUUAUUCUUUGAUGAUUAAAAAACAAUAAUGGGAAGGAGAUUUUAAAGACUCAGUUUUUCUACUACUACUAUUACUAUUAUAUAAAUAAUAAUAGCAACUACAAAAAAACAUAUCUUAAGCUAUUCCCAUAAGUCUUUGUAAAGAAAAAGACAUUAAAACAAAUAAUGUAAACUAGUAUCGUCUGUCCUUUUUGUAUAAUUUAUUUAGCCAGUGUUUAU